GCCGGCGGCGCGGCACGAUGGCGGACCUGGAGGCGGUGCUGGCGGACGUGAGUUACCUGAUGGCCAUGGAGAAGAGCCGCGCCGCGCCCGCCGCCCGCGCCAGCAAGAGGAUCGUCCUGCCCGAGCCCAGCAUCCGCAGCGUCAUGCAGAAGUACCUGGAGGACCGGGGAGAGGUGACAUUUGACAAGAUCUUCACGCAGAAGAUUGGCUACCUGCUUUUCCGGGAUUUUGCCUUCAACCAGGCUGAGGAGGCCAAGCCCCUGAUGGAAUUUUACGAGGAGAUCAAGAAGUACGAGAAGCUGGACUCGGAGGAGGAGCGAGCUACCCGCAGCCGCCACAUCUUCGACCAUUACAUCAUGAAGGAGCUGCUGGCCUGCUCCCAUCCCUUCUCCAAGAGUGCCACGGAGCACGUCCAGAGUCGCCUGAGCAAGAAGCAGGUGCCCCCAGAUCUCUUCCAGCCCUACAUUGAGGAGAUCUGCCAGAAUCUGCGUGGGGGCAUCUUCCAGAAAUUCAUUGAGAGUGACAAGUUCACACGGUUCUGCCAGUGGAAGAACGUGGAGCUGAACAUCCAUCUCACCAUGAACGACUUCAGUGUUCACCGAAUCAUUGGCCGCGGCGGCUUCGGGGAGGUCUACGGCUGCCGGAAAGCGGACACGGGCAAAAUGUACGCCAUGAAGUGCUUGGACAAGAAGCGCAUCAAGAUGAAGCAGGGCGAGACUCUGGCCCUCAACGAGCGCAUCAUGUUGUCCCUCGUCAGCACUGGGGACUGCCCGUUCAUCGUGUGCAUGUCUUACGCCUUCCACACGCCUGACAAGCUCAGCUUCAUCCUCGACCUCAUGAACGGGGGGGACCUGCACUAUCACCUGUCCCAGCACGGCGUCUUCUCAGAGGCGGAGAUGAGGUUCUACGCGGCUGAGAUCAUCCUGGGCCUGGAGCACAUGCACAGCCGCUUUGUGGUGUACCGUGACCUCAAGCCAGCAAACAUCCUCCUGGACGAGUUCGGCCACGUCCGCAUCUCCGACCUGGGCCUGGCCUGCGACUUCUCCAAGAAGAAGCCCCACGCCAGCGUGGGCACCCACGGGUACAUGGCGCCGGAGGUGCUGCAGAAGGGGGUGGCCUACGACAGCAGCGCCGACUGGUUCUCGCUGGGCUGCAUGCUCUUCAAGCUGCUCCGGGGGCACAGCCCGUUCCGGCAGCACAAGACGAAGGACAAGCACGAGAUUGACCGGAUGACUCUCACCAUGGCUGUGGAGCUGCCGGACUCCUUCUCCCCGGAGCUGCGCUCCCUGCUCGAGGGGCUGCUGCAGCGAGAUGUCAACCGGCGCCUGGGCUGCAUGGGGCGAGGGGCACAGGAGGUGAAGGAAGAGCCCUUCUUCAAGGGCCUGGACUGGCAGAUGGUGUUCCUGCAGAAGUACCCGCCGCCCCUCGUCCCGCCCCGUGGCGAGGUGAACGCGGCCGACGCCUUCGACAUCGGCUCCUUUGACGAGGAGGACACCAAGGGCAUCAAGCUGCUGGAGAGCGACCAGGAGCUGUACCGCAACUUCCCCCUCACCAUCUCCGAGCGCUGGCAGCAGGAGGUCACCGAGACCGUGUUUGACACCGUCAAUGCCGACACCGACAAGCUGGAGGCUCGCAAGAAGGCCAAGAACAAGCAGCUGGGCCACGAGGAGGAGUAUGCCAUGGGCAAGGACUGCAUCAUGCACGGCUACAUGGCCAAGCUGGGCAACCCCUUCUUGACGCAGUGGCAGCGCCGCUACUUCUACCUCUUCCCCAACCGCCUGGAGUGGCGUGGGGAGGGCGAGUCACCGCAGUCCCUGCUCACCAUGGAGGAGAUCGACUCGGUGGAGGAGACGCAGGUGAAGGAGCGCAAGUGCAUCCUGCUCCGCAUCCGCGGGGGCAAGCAGUUCGUGCUGCAGUGCGACAGCGACCCCGAGCUGGUGCAGUGGCGGAAGGAGCUGCGGGACGCGCAGCGCCAGGCGCAGCAGCUGCUGCAGCGGGUGCCCCGCAUGCAGAACAAGCCCCGCUCGCCCGUGGUGGAGCUCAGCAAAGUGCCGUUCAUCCAGCGCUCCCCCAACGGGCUCUGACCCCUCCCCGCGCCCCCUUCCCCCUUCCCACCCCACCUCUAAUUUAUUGGGUUGGGUUCCCGCGU